AUGUAUAACCCGCGAGGCGCGCCUGAUCACCCUUUAGUACGCCCCGAGAUCCUUAGCUACCUCCUACGAAGCGGCCAUCUGUACCUCCUCGACAUUGGUGACUUUGCCAGCACCAAGUCUCCUAACCGGGAUGUGCUGCUCUCAGAGACCCCGAGCGAGAAUGCCGGCCUUGGGAUGCUGAUAAACAUCUGCAUGGAGCUCAAUGCGCACAAGUGCCGCGAGUUUCUGAUCGAGGAGUGGGCGCCGGCUAACGGGUUUACAUACGACAAGGCCUGGGAGUAUGACCCGACGAGGGAUCCUGCGCAACACCACCCCGACUUAGACUAUUAUCUAGCUCUGCUGGCGCAAUGUCGCGCCCCGGGUUCGGAUCCGUCGCUGAUCGCGUACCUGGCCCAGAAACUCGGUCCUCCCGACACUCCAUUGGGCAUCAGUAGCACAGACAAGUUGAGCGGAAGGUCGCAGUCGCCGCUGUCGGAGGCGGCGCGGUCUCUCAACGUCGGCGCCAUGCACGUCCUCAUCAAGCACGGUGCGGACUACAACGAAGAGGGCAUCGUCACGGCCAGCCACAACCCUCUGUACGCGGUUCUCGGAGAGGAACUGCCAUGGCGCCCGCCACCACACUCCCGGAGCGGCACCGGCGCCGGCGUCGUCAUCGGCCCGGAGACUCGGGAGACUGUCAUCGAAACCUGGCGCAGCAAUGCCAAGCGCACGGCGUCGCUGAUCAGCUCCGCCGUCGGCCUGCUAAUGGACGAACGGCUGUUCGACGCCAACUUCAAGGCCUUCAAGCGCUCCAAGGGCUACCAGGACAUGCUUAACACGGCCACUGUCGUCUACGUGGACGCGCUCCGUAGCUUCCUGCUCAAGUCUCUGAAGUGGCAGCUCGCGAUGCGGGGGCAGAUCGGCCUGCUACGGCGACGGGCGCGGCGCGUAGCGUCGUCCCGGAGCGUCCACGCCACCACUACCACCACCAACGCUGGCGACGACGACAGCAGCCAGGACCCCGACGGUGACAACUACUACCGGAACCUGGACUGGCACCGGGAGGUAGACGGGCCGCGGCUGCAGGAAGCUCUCGCGGCACACGGGCUGCAGCUCGAAAACGACUUCGUCACGGCGUGGGAGCAGCUCGCGACGCCCGACAUGCUCGAAGAGACGCACAGGUCCGUCGGGCCGGGCAGGCGGAGCAAGCCGUUGAGCCUUAGAGACUCGCUCUACGAGUUCAUCGCGUCCAGGGCCGUGGGCAGGAGAUGGAGGCUCAUGCUGCACGAGGCCGGGAUGGGCCACCUGUUUGACAAUGACACGAGUGACGAGCUGGACGAGCGCCAGACUGGGGUGAGCAUGGCAGUUUCUAGGAGUCUCUAUUGA